AUUAUUAGGCCCUUUAAUAUCAUCUAUUAACUUUGAUUCAUCAAUUUGUUAGGGUUUAUAUCCCCAAAAGUUGGAUUUGCGAUCCGACUAUAAACUGGUCAAUUUUUCGCUUUUCAGUCCAGUAUUUCAUCGUUUGAUUUGCGCGUGGGUUAUAAUCGACUAAUUUUUCGGUGGUUGGCAGUUGGAAAACUAUUUAGUAAGCAAUGCUUUUUGUUUAAAUUCGUGCAGAUCGGGAUUCCCCGUCAUUUAUUGAACUGUCAUUAGUUUAGCUGGAUUGAGUUUGAGAAGAAAAUUUGAGGCUUUUUUCGGGUGGUUGAUAAAUGAUGAUCAAUUUCAUUGGAAACAAAAUCAAUUUUUUUUAAUCGUGGUUGACCAAUUUGAUUUUGUUAUGCUUUUGUAUGGCUAUGAUUGUGUUGUCCAUUUGCCACUUGCGUAGGAAGGAGGUCUGUGUUAGCUUGCUAGCAUGGCGAAGUGAUUUUGUUAAUUUAGUUUAUGUUCAGAUCUAAACUACUGGUUUUGCUGUUAUCCGUGGAAGGCAACUGUUCCCUCAAAACAGCAAUUGCCAAUAAAGUUAUGGCAUUGGAAGUCACCCAAAUUCUGUUGAAUGCACAGUCAGUUGAUGGAUCAGUUCGGAAGCAUGCUGAAGAAAGUUUAAAGCAAUUUCAGGAGCAAAAUCUAUCUGGGUUUCUGUUGUCUCUAUCUGGAGAACUUGCUAGCGACGAGAAGCCUGUUGAUAGUCGUAAACUAGCUGGUUUGAUUCUUAAGAAUGCCUUGGAUGCGAAAGAGCAACAUAGAAAGUUUGAGCUUAUCCAAAGAUGGUUAUCGCUAGAUGUGGGUGUUAAGACACAGAUUAAAACAUGCCUGUUGCAGACACUUGCAUCUCCUAUCCAGGAGGCACGGUCAACGGCAUCACAAGUAAUAGCUAAGGUUGCUGGUAUAGAGUUGCCACAAAAACAGUGGCCUGAGCUCAUUGGUUCACUUCUAUCAAAUAUUCACCAAGUCCCUGUUCAUGUGAAGCAAGCCACUUUAGAAACUCUUGGGUAUUUGUGUGAAGAAGUUUCUCCAGAUGCUGUAGAACAAGAUCAGGUGAAUAAAAUACUUACAGCGGUAGUUCAAGGCAUGAAUUCCAGUGAGGCUAGCAAUGACGUGAGGCUUGCUGCAACAAGAUCUUUGUAUAAUGCUCUUGGUUUUGCUCAGGCAAAUUUUACUAAUGACAUGGAGCGUGAUUAUAUUAUGAGAGUUGUUUGUGAGGCAACCCUGUCUCCAGAAGUAAAAAUUCGGCAAGCAGCUUUUGAGUGUUUGGUUUCCAUCUCAUCAAGUUACUAUGAAAAAUUAGCUCCCUACAUGCAGGAUAUCUUCAACAUCACUGCCAAGGCUGUGAGAGAAGAUGAGGAGCCAGUAGCCCUACAAGCAAUUGAAUUCUGGAGUUCGAUAUGUGAUGAGGAGAUAGAUGUCUUGGAGGAGUAUGGGGGCGACUUCACUACUGCUGUUUCAGAUGUUCCUUGUUUUUACUUUAUCAAGCAGGCUCUGCCUGCACUUGUGCCCAUGCUUUUAGAAACUCUUCUGAAACAAGAAGAAGACCAAGAUCAGGAUGAGGGUGCUUGGAAUCUUGCCAUGGCUGGGGGCACAUGCCUUGGUUUGGUUGCUCGAACAGUUGGAAAUGACAUUGUUCCACUUGUCAUGCCCUUCAUUGAAGAGAAUAUAACAAAACCUGAUUGGAGGCAGAGGGAGGGAGCUACAUAUGCUUUUGGUUCCAUCUUGGAGGGUCCAUCACCCAACCAGUUAACUCCCCUUGUUAAUGUUGCUCUAAAUUUCAUGCUCACAGCUUUGACCAAAGAUCCCAACAACCAUGUAAAGGACACCACGGCUUGGACGCUUGGAAGAAUAUUCGAGUUUCUUCAUGGCUCGACAAUGGAGACACCUAUCAUUACACCAGCAAAUUGCCAACAGAUUAUCACAGUUCUUCUCCAGAGCAUGAAGGAUGCUCCAAAUGUGGCUGAGAAAGCUUGUGGUGCCCUCUAUUUUCUCGCUCAAGGUUUUGAGGAUGUAGGACCGUCAUCUCCCCUGACUCCCUAUUUUCAAGAAAUUGUUCAAUCUCUUUUGACAGUUACUCACAGAGAAGAUGCUGGAGAGUCUAGAUUGAGGACUGCUGCUUAUGAGACAUUAAAUGAAGUUGUGAGAUGCUCAACGGAUGAAACAGUUCCCAUGGUGUUACAAUUGGUUCCUGUUAUCAUGAUGGAACUCCACCAAACUCUUGAAGAACAGAAGCUUUCUUCUGAUGAGAGAGAGAAGCAGAAUGAAUUGCAAGGCCUUCUUUGUGGGUGCUUACAGGUCAUCAUUCAGAAACUUGGAGCAUCAGACCCUACGAGAUAUGCCUUCAUGCAGUAUGCUGAUCAGAUAAUGAAUCAAUUUCUUAGGGUUUUUGCAUGUCGUAGUGCUACAGUUCAUGAGGAAGCAAUGCUUGCUAUAGGAGCCCUUGCUUAUGCAACAGGUCCGGACUUUGCAAAAUACAUGCCAGAUUUCUACAAGUACUUGGAAAUGGGUCUCCAAAACUUUGAAGAGUACCAAGUGUGUGCUGUUACUGUAGGAGUGGUGGGCGACAUCUGCAGGGCUCUGGAGGAGAAGGUGCUUCCUUGGUGUGAUGGGAUUAUGACCCAGCUUCUUAAAGACUUGUCAAGUAACCAGUUGCAUCGAUCUGUGAAGCCUCCAAUCUUUUCCUGCUUUGGUGAUAUUUCUCUGGCAAUAGGAGAGAACUUUGAGAAAUACUUGAUGUAUGCUAUGCCUAUGCUCCAGAGUGCAGCAGAAUUGUCUUCACACACAUCAGGUGCUGAUGAUGAAAUGAUAGAGUACACCAAUCUUUUGAGAAAUGGCAUAUUGGAGGCAUAUUCAGGGAUAUUUCAGGGUUUUAAGAACUCUCCUAAAACCCAGUUGCUGAUUCCCUAUGCUCCACAUAUUCUCCAGUUCCUGGAUCUGAUUUACAUGGAGAAAGACAUGGACGAAGUGGUGAUGAAAACUGCUAUCGGUGUUCUUGGAGAUUUAGCCGAUACUCUUGGAAGUAAUGCUGGGUCCUUGAUUCAGCAAUCACUUUCAAGCAAAGAUUUUCUGAAUGAAUGUUUGUCCUCGGAUGACCAUUUGAUCAAGGAAUCUGCUGAAUGGGCCAAGCUAGCCAUCAGUCGUGCUAUUUCUGUUUGAGGCUCUGCCUGUCGGUACAUAAAAUUUUUCUUUUUAAUUUAGAAGUCCCUGCAUGCAUAUGGUCGAGUCGGGGGGUCGGGGUUGGGGAUUGCAUUCUAUGAGUCGGGUCGUCGCCAUUUUCUGACGAUGGAAGUGAUACAACUUAAGUUGUUUCAAGCUGUUGCACCUGCAACUGCUCUUCUUCUGUCACCAGGGGGCGAGUAGUAAUAUCAUGGUUCUGAAGAGUUGGGGCAGGGAGGGAGAUGUAGCCUGCUAUGUAACUAGUUGUGCAGGGCUGGUUCAUUAUCAAUUUCACAUGAUGUCUAUAUCUCAAGAGUAUAUGAAUUAGCCCAUAUCAUCCACAGUGGCUUUGGUUGUCGGGGUAUAGGAGUUAGAAAAUUCUUAUCACAAAAGAACACAGCAUGCUGCCAUUUUCCAUUUUGCUUUCACCUUUCAAUUCAUUUCCUUCUUUUGGGUCAAUUUCAAGUAUUGCAUCAGUCCGUGCCAUCUACAAUAUACUUGAACUGCACACAUAUUAGGUACCCAUUACAUUUUGCAUCAUACAUUUUUCUAAAUCUGAUAUUUUUAGGUAGAGGGGGUCUGUCAAUUUUGAGUCCUGCAUCAGUCUGGUAUUGUGUCUUGCUCUUUUCUUCUUCUGAAAAGCCAGGUAGGGGGUUGGCCAUAUUACAUUUAGGCAGCUAGAGUUUUUGCAUAUUUCAUCAGUAGGUGUUUUUGAAGUCCAAAAAAGGAAAGAAAGAAAGAAAAUAUUGGAAUACAAUGCAUUCAUGAAAUCAUGUGUGCCAUCUUCUUUUGUUUUUCCCCCUUGCUUGUUUGUUGGUCUAAAAAGUUGAAGAAGCAUAUAGGUUUUGUAAAUCCUGUUUUGAUUCAGAGAGAGAGAGAGAGAAUGGAGAAUAUGUCACAGCUUGUGAUAAAAAGGUGUGGGAAUAGGAUUGAAGGUUGGUUGGUAGAAGAGACAUUAUUUUUUGUAAUUUUGGCUCAUCAAGGUCUUUUCUUUUUGGUGUCAAGUGAAACCUUACAACCCCAUAUGGAUUUGUGUGAAUGCCAAAGUUUUAUUUGUAUUGGGUUCCCUUUUCUUUGUUUUGUUUUGUUAUGUUUUUUUUAUGUAUAUUUUGAAUCAAUAGCCUUUCAAAUCAA